AUGUCGCUGUUGUACCAAACGGGAUCGGAUCAUCGCCUUCUUCGAGGAAGACUUUCUUUCACACGGAGAGGAGAAAAAGCUGCGAAUUUCACUAAGCGAACUACCAGAAGUAUCAUCAAUUGGGAGCUCUUCGCUUCGCCAAUCGGCUUUUGGGAAGAUACCGUCAUGGACAACAUCGACGACGAAUAUGAACGGCUUGUAGAACGUCUUCACGACUGUACGAGGUCUCUUGAAGAUCUUGAGGUGAUACGUCAGCGUGGAGCUCCACGAGCUGCAGGUAACCAAGAACUCACGUCCGAGCUCGCAAGGCUUUGCAGAGAGGCGAUAAAGGAAUACUUCAAAGAGAGAGGAGCAGAAGUGUUGAAUGAAGCUGCAGAGGCGGGACAGAGCAUUCGCUGCGCUUGUCGAGAAUACGCCAAUCGAAAGACGAAGAUAAUUGCUCUCCGGAAUCCAAAUGGAACAGCCAUAGCAUCGAGAGGGAGAAUAGAGAAAAUCAUAUACGACUUCUACUCCGAUCUUUUCGACGGCCACGUCCACUUGCCUCCUCACCAUCUGAGGGAAGAUGGACAUGUCAUUCCAAAGGUCCUCCCUUCCGAAGUCCGACAUACCAUCAUUACCUAUCGCCAGUCCUCAUCAACACAGUGGUCGUGCUCUUCACUCCUUAUCUGUCGGGAUGCAAGGUUCCUGAGCAAUGGAAAACCAGCAAGAUUGUUGGAUGAGAAGGACGACCCCCAAGACAUCGGCAACUAUCGUCCAAUCUGCUUACUGUGUAUCAUCUACAAGCUCUUCGCAAGAGUAAUCCCAAACAGGAAAGAAAGAGAAUUAGACGAAGGACAGCCAUGCGACCAAGCAGGGUUCCGAAAAGAGCUCAGUACGAUUGACCACAUACCCACAGUUUCAAAAGUCAUAGAAGUAUCGCGAGAGUACAAGAUGCUGCUGUGUCUCACUUUCGUCGAUUUAAAGAAAGCUUUUGAUACAGUUGAGACCGAAGCGGUCAUGCAGGCCUUGGACAACCAAGGCGUCCCUACUCCAUACAUAAAGAUACUUCGUGAGCUGUAUAGCAACAUCGCGACCAAAAUUUCCCCAUUCUACGAUGAUGUCAUAAUCGACGUGAAGAGAGGGGUUCGUGACGGUAACACAAUUUCACCCAAAAUAUUCACUGCCACUCUCGAGAACGCGAUGCGAGUAUUGGAAUGGGAAGACAUUUAUAUCUAG